AUGUCGGUUCCUUAUAUGCCAACGACGGAACGCGAGGCUGGAGAUUUGAGUGAAGAAGGCUGCCUGGGCGCGCAAAUCAAGGUCCUCCUCCUGUCGUUGAGGUGUUCUCUCUUGCGAACUGUCGAGCUGCUUCAAGACGGGGUGGCGAGAAGUAGAGGACUGAAGCUCUCUCUCUAUCAGCCAAACGAGGGCGCAGAUAGGUAUAAGUCAAUGAGUGGUCUCGACUGCCAGAUUCUCUGUGUCGAUUGUCUCUGUUCCCGUUUUUUCUCUUAUUAUAUCGUCGUCGUAGUAAAAAAGAAAAACGACGUCUUCUUCUCCUUUGACAUUAACAAGGAAGAUCGCAAGUCUGCUUAUGUAAUGACGACCUUUAGAUCCCAACGAGAAAGACGAAGAAGAGAAAGACAUGAAGAAGGCUCGGAGAAGCCAACAGCCAACAGAUCUUCUUUCUCUCUCUCUCCACAGCUGGACCCUUUCGAGGUGGAAGGCCUGAGUCCCAUGUAA